CUUGCGCUAGAGGAAGCACAUUGCAGUGACACGCCGUGGUCCGACAUCCGGUUGUUAGCAUGUGGAUGACCCUGGGAGUUCUAGCUCAUUAUAUCACAAGUGUCAAAUACUUGUGUCAUUUUUGCUUGACUGUUAACUUAUAGAGACGGGCUGUUAAAGACAAUGGCUUCGCCUGUUCGUCUAUUUGUGGACGUUUUGACGCUGCCGAUACUUGUGUUAGCAUUCACUUCUUAGCAGGUUUCCACGGUGCUCCACUUUUACUCAUUUAAAGAUCGGCGCACAAUAAAAAGGAGAUGUACCUGGUCGGGCUGACAGGUGGUAUCGCCUCAGGGAAAAGCACAGUGUCGUCGAUGCUGCGGGAUCUCGGGUGUCCUAUCAUUGAUGCUGAUGUCGUGGCCAGGAAAGUCGUGGAGGCGCACACAGCCGCCCACUCGCGCAUCGUCUUCCACUUUGGGCCUGAGGUCUUGCUGGAGAGCGGCGAAAUCGACCGGCAGAAGCUCGGCCGGCUCAUCUUUGCCGACGAGGGGAAGAGGAAGCUGCUCAACUCCAUCACUCACCCGGAGAUUCAUAAAGAGAUGCUUAAGCAGAUUGUGUUUUACUUCCUCAGAGGUUACCGCUACGUCGUGUUGGAUGUGCCGCUUCUAUUCGAAACCAGAAGGCUCACUCAGUUUCUCAACCACACCGUUGUGGUUUACUGUGACCCUGCCACUCAGCUGGCGCGCCUGAUGCAGAGGGACGGCCUCACCCAGGAGGAGGCCGAUCAGCGCCUGGCCGCCCAGAUGCCGCUGAACGAGAAGCGCGGCCUGGCCAGCCACGUCAUUGAGAACUCGGGCACGCGAGAGGACACCCAGCGCCAAGUCCUGCGGCUCCACACCAAGCUGGAGGACUCCAUGGACUUCCUUUUGGUCAGGGUGCUGGCUGUUGCCGCCACUGCCGGUCUGGGCGGGAUCCUGCUGUACGCCGCCAAGCUGCUUUUGUCCUAGCAGAGUCCUGAGGACAAGAAUGUGAGGUGAACACCAGGCGGGCAGGUUAGUUCCACAACAGCCUGGUGUCAUGCUGGUAACAAUGGAGCCACGCUCUCAGAAUAAUUUAGUAGGAUUUCUUACAAAAAUGCACUUUAAAUAGUUGUUCAGUGACAUUUUUGUGCUCUUAUAAAUUUGUGUUAUGAUUCUGUCUAAUGAAAACCAUAAAUUUACACAUACAAAAAUAUGGAAAUACCAUCUUUUGUUCAACUUAAUCCAAAUUGUUCGAAACGUUUCGGUGGCAAUAGAGAUAAUCUAUUGUAAUCAUCAACUUUAACUGUUAUUUAAAACAGUACAGUAGUGAACUAUUUAAACAUUUUCAUUGGUCAUACAAGCGUAAAAAAUAGGCUUAAAGUCUCUCACAAUUGAAUUUGAACAAAAGUUUGUGCAACUUUAGAGGUAUUUUGUAGGUGUCAUCUGACUUAAAUACAAAGGGGUCAUAUUAUGAUUUUUUUUCUACAUUUAGAACACUGCCUUGUGGUCUACAUAGGAUGUAUUGGUAGUUAUUUGGUCAAAAUGUUGCAUGGAUUAUGUUUUACAGACCGUUUUCAAGCUGCUUUCUGACCGUUUCGUCAGGCUGCUCCGUUUUUGUGGGCGGUCUUUUUUUACGUGCCUCCACUUUGACAGCGUCGUCUCCCAGUCACCUUUUUUGUAGUUUUUUUAGUCUGCUUCGAAACAAGUGAAUAGAAAAAGAAGGAACUUAUUGACUACAGUGUUGGACUACUAUGACGGACUCGCGCAAAGCUCUUCAGGUGAACUUUUACCAUGUAUGGAGCUAUCCGCUGACAUCACAAAAGGGGAAAAACGCCACAAAUGGGGCAAACUGCUCAUUUGGAAAAGUAUAAAGGAAGGUAAGAUUGUGUUAUGACUAUCUCUACAAUUCCUCCACGGUUUGAGUUCAAGUUUUUGGGACUUACGCAGGACCCAAAUACACAAAAACAUGUAGCAAUAGGUAAAAAAAAAAGUAGAUUUUGCAUAAUAGAUGUAAAUAGCAGAAUAUUGUCUGAAAAACUUCCCAAUGAAAGUAGCACAUUUGCAGAGGUCGUCGCUCAUGUAAACACAGGUUUUUAUUUUUUGUAAGAUGUCCUACUAAUUCUCCUGAGAACAACGUUUGAGCGCAUUAUUAGCACAACUUGCACUGACAGAUGAAUAUUUAAAAGGUGUCCACAUGCAAUUUUCAUUGGUUUACUCACAUGAACGAUGGAUAAUGAUAGCGUGAUGGUAACAAAUAGGCUUAAUAUAUACUUUACCACCAUCAUUUAUAAAGAAGUUUUAUAGCCACUCCUUUUGUAGCUGAGUAGCUUGAUCUAACCUCCCCUCACGGAAAAAUGUAUGUUUAUUAAUAACUUUAUCUUGACAUGAAGAUUAUUAUGAGAAAGAAUGUAUUGACAAUCCAGUUUUAACUGCAAAGUGAGUGAAUUUAUUGUGUUUUCUUACACUCUAAAAGCUUUCUGUACAUAUACUGAUUCUUCUUUGUCUCUCUUGUGUCUACACUCUUUGUAAAGACUGCAACGCCUCACAUAAACGAUCAGACUAAUGUUUGAAACAAACACAAGCUGUCACAUCUUCAUCCUGAGCAUGCUACAAACUGUACAUAUGGUGGUAAAAACUACAGAAGACUUUUAAUUCAAGUAAAUAGUUGAACAAAAAAUUGUACAGAAACUUUUUCAAUGGGGUUUUAAAUGUGGUAUUUAAACUGGUGCCGAAUUAAACUCUGAAUGAAAUUUG